AUGGUCGGGAAAAAAAUGUGGGUUGCGCACAGACAUAUUGCCGUCGCUCGCUCUUGUCUCUUUGCCCUCGUGGGUGCGUUGUCGUGUCGGCAGGAUGCAGGCUUCGCGCCGGCCGUGGCGUUUCAGACCGUCGCCGCAGAAGGGGUGUCCGGACUCUUGUGCGCUCAGCUGCAGGCCCUGGUCCAGACCGCCUUGCGGCCGCUAGCACGGUUCACGGCUGAGCUUGGUGAGAUGGACACUUUGUUCAAGGCGUGCCAGAGAAAAAGAGAGUCCGAGCACCACUACGCCAAAAAGGUGAACGAGCUCAACAGCAAGCUCGAGGCGGAGCGGCGAGAGGACAAGCGCGCGGUGCUGCAGGAAAAGGCGGCCAGAAACAUCAGGAAGCUGGCGGCGGCGCGCACGGUGCGGAAGCAAGCGUCGGAGGAGCUUUCCCGGUUGGUGGUUAGCUCUCACCAAUCGAGCCACGAUUGCUUCGACCCUGUCUUCGCUUCUAUCUGCCAGUUCCAGGAAGCCAGCUACAGGGCGUCCUCAAGUGGCGAGACGACGGGAGCGAUGCCGGCAACACCGGCGCAGACGUCGCCGUUGGCGCCGCCGCGGCUGCUGCGGCUUGUGCCGCUGGGGGCCACGGCGGUGGUGACGGAGAAGACGGGGUCACGGACGCUGGGAACGGUGGAGGCGGUGGUGCCGGGGGUGCUCGGCCGGAGGAAUCGCGACGGCAGCGGGGGGGUUCUUGCUCUCCACGAAGGGGAACGCCUCGUUCGGCAGAAGAAGGUCGUGGCGGUGGCGGUGGUGACGCCGACGCCGACGCCGAGGGAGGUCACUGGCGCUGCUAAGGCUACUGCUACUGCUUCUACGGAUGCUACUGCUUCUGCGGAUGCUCCUGCUGCUGCCGCCGCCGACGCUGGCAGCGGCGGCGAUGAUGAAACACCAGAGCGUGGCGAAGACCGGCCAGUCGUACCGGCGGGUGCCAAGACCGGGGCCGACGCGGCUCCGCCGGGUGCCGGGGUGGAUUGGGGCGGGAGCGGAGGCGUUACUACCGUGCCGCAGGCGCGUCCCACUCCCCCUCAGGGUCCGUUCCUGGAGGCGCACCUACCCUGGGGAAAGAGGAGGAGAAUGUCGGGGAAUCUGCGUUUGAAGAUCUCUGGCGGGGGACGGGUGGCCAGGCGAGUGGCGACUUCGGGGGGUCGGGAGUGGGGGGUGUGGGGGGGGGUGUUCUGCGCCGCGGAGGGUAGAGAGCUGGUCGUGUACGACGCCGAGAGCGAUUCGAACGCCGGACUGCCGCCGCGCGCAAGGUACCUCGUGAUGGGGGUGCGUGCCCUCAAGACAGGCCCCAACGCCGCGGAACUAGAGGUGACUGUUGCCGAUGAGUCGGAGGUGUCGAGUCUCGGCUGGAGGGAGCGCGCUUCGACGGGCCCGGGCGUCGCGUUCGUGGAGACCCGGUCGGUGACCCUCACGGCCUCCGGACGGCACGAGCACGCGCGGUGGUCGCUGGCUCUAGAAGAGGCGCAGAGCUGGACGGAGAAGAAAGAAAGAGAGGCGUUACUGGAAGAGCUGGAGCUUAGCCUUCCGUUCCGCGAGUACGCGAUUGAGCACGUGCACCAUCGCUUGCCAGACUCAACAAUCGAAGAUAUCCUAGGGGUGUCCACCGCCAUGACCAACCCCGGAUGCGUGCUGAAGAGCGUGGUGUUCGAUGCCGCCGAAGCGGCAGCGUCGGCAGCGGAAGCAGCAGCACCGGGACCCCUGAGCUCUCCGGAGCUGACGGCGGGAAGCGGCGGCGGCGGCGGCGGCGGUGGCACUAGGAAGCUCACUGUUGCGCCGAGUGCCUCGCUGCGCGGACUUUUCUCCUUCUUCGAGUCUUCGGCCCGAUCCCCGCCACCCCCUCCUCUUGGCGAUGAGACGAGCUUCGGAGAGUGUACCUCAGCCGGCGGCAGCGGUUCCAGGCGGCGCUGGAGGGGAGGGCGCAGGAAAGGGAAGCAGCAAGACGACGGUGGCGGCGGCGGCCGGUCCCGCCGGCGGCGUGGAGCAAGCCGGGGGGAGUCGCCGCUCUCGUCGUGGCACGGCCGCGGCGGCGGCGGCCCUGCGAGGCGGCGGUCCGGGAGCACCGGUGACGUUGUCGUCGACUUUGGGAGCCCGGGGGGGGGGCGGCGGCAUUCCAUGGUCGUCGUCGACGGCGGCGGUGGUGGAGGCUUGACGGCGCCCUCAUUCAGCGGUAGCGCGGGCGCGGCGACGGGCGCGGGCGCGGGCGGCGGGGUUGUGGACAGCGUCUUCGUCGGUGGCGGGCACGUGCUGUGCCGCACUCGUUCUAGCUCGGCGCCCGGGCCCGUCUCCGACAUCUUUCACCUAGAAGCGGCGGACACUCCGGCAGCAACGGGGGCGGCGGCUGCAGCACCGGAAGCACCGGCGGCGGCGCCGACGCUGCUACGGAACCACAGGCGCGCGCGUUUCCCCAGCCGCGAGCGGUCCGUCCUCCUCGACUUCGUCCCUGCGGCGAUGCCUCUCGCUCGCGAUCCCUCGGAGCACGCGCACGCGUCGGGGACCGAGUCUUCGGCGCCGUCGACCCCGAUCGGCGGCGACGGCGGCCGCUUCCGCCGCGCGAGCAGCAGUAGGUCUCGUCGGCUGGACAGCUUCCGCCCGGUGAGGGCGGCCUCGGGUUUCCAGCACCUCCUUCGGCACGGGGAUAGCGGCGGCGUUGGCGGCGGCGGCGGGACGCGACGCUUCGGUAGUGGCAGGGUCGGUGGAGAGUCGAUGCUUUUUUGGCACCUGGUUGGGACCGGCGGGAGUGCACCGGCGGAGUGGGACGCUCUUCGGACGGGUUCGGGGAGACGGCCGUCGGCGUGCCUGGCGUCGGCCUCGGGUAUGGGCUCCUCUGACGCCGCUCUUUCCGGGGGAGGCGGCGGCGGGGGAACGAGAACUGAAGACGUCCAAGUCGGCGUGGAAACGUCUCGAGAGAGCUCCUCGACCGCUGCCGCCGCGGACAAGACCUGGGAGCUGUGGCCCGACGACGGGCUGAUGCCACCCUUGCCGCCCAGGAAGAAAAGCUUGUGGGUCAGCAAGCCGAGCCCACGCAGAUGUGCCGGCGGCGGCGGCGGCGGUGACGAUGAUAGUUUCUCUUCGCUGGUGAUCGUAAAAGGCGGGGAGGAAGGGUUCGGAGGACGCGGGGGAGGGGACUUAAGCGUAGGCGUGCCAUCAGCAAGCGGCAGCGAUGGCGAAUGCGGCCGGCCCUCGGAUGGCCAAGUCGUCACUCUCUCGGGCUUGCCGGGCCCUAGCGCCUGCGAGGGGGAGGCGGCGGCUGCGGCGGCGGUGGCGGCGGCGGUGGUGGCGGCGGCGGUGGUGGCGGCGGCGAAGCCUGCCGAGACCACGGAACCAUCCUCGCAUGAAGCUGAAGCUGCCGACGUCACGGAACCUUCUACUCAAGAAGUGGAUCCUGCCGAAGGCGCCGAGCCUUGCAUGAAAGAAGCCAAAGCUUCCGAGGCCACGGAACCUUCCACGGAAGUGGCCGAACCUGCCGACGUCACGGAACCUUCUACUCAAGAAGCGGAACCUGCCGAAGGCGCCGAGCCUUGCAUGAAAGAAGCCAAAGCUUCCGAGGCCACGGAACCUUCCACGGAAGUGGCCGAACCUGCCGACGUCACGGAACCUUCUACUCAAGAAGCGGAACCUGCCGAGGGCGCGGAACCUUGCAUGAAAGAAGCCAAAGCUUCCGACGCCACAGAACCUUCCACGCAGGGAGUGGAACCUUCCGAGCCCGCGGAACCCUCCACGAGAGCAACGAAACUUUCCGAGCCCGCGGAACCUUCCACGAAUGUAGAGGAAUCUUCCGAGGUCACGGAGCCUUCCACGCAGGGGGUGGAACCUUCCGAGCCCGCGGAACCCUCCACGAAAGCCUCGGAACACGUGGGAUCGGCGCGGCUGGCGGGUUUUGCCAUGGGAAUCGAUGGGGAGGUCGACAGCGCUACCCUUGAGGUGAUGAGCCAACUUGCUGGUUGCGUCGCCUCCGGUACCAGCCGCUUUACCAUCGCGGGAGUUACGCCGGAACAACAUGAGCAGAAUCAGCAGCAGCAGCAGCAGCAACCCUCUCGCGACGGCAACGAAGGUAGCGACGACGAGGACGUCGACGAUAGCGGAGGGGGCAUCUGCCCACCGCCGGAAAUCCGUUCUCUAUCAGCCAGGCACCGCUAAGACCCCAAGGGGGGGGGGACACGCCCGUGUCUAGCAGGAAAUUGGCACGGCAAGCAGCCCUGCAGGCCUUUAUGUCUCUCCGUUGCUGGUUGUCCUGCCUGUUUGCCCUUCGUAGUUUUUCGGAGUAUUUUAAGAAGACGGGGUGCUAUCCCACAUGUAUGUGUGCGUGUUGUAGUUUGUCUUGACACCAAACGAUAAAACCGUUGUGUGUCGUGCAUUGUUUUUUUUUGUGCGUUUUAUUUUCUCCUCCUCGUGUGUGCUUGGCUCUUGGAGGUGCCAACGGCAGUGAAGCGUGAGAUAUUCCGCCGCUUGUAGCGGCUGAAUACUCUUGAUAGAGAGGGGCAAAGGAGCUGCAGGAUCGGAAGGAACGAAGUGACAACAAACGUUUCUCUGCACGUGUCACAAGGGCAGCCGACACGAUGCCAGCGAGGUUGUACGACGCAACUAGAAGUUUCUUCUAACACAAAACCACCAACACGCUUUCGUUUUUUUUGUUCUGUUUUCUAGGGUUGGAUGAGAGAAGCCCUGCCUCUCGGUUUCGUUCGCAGCCAGGGUGGUGGCUUGCAUGUUGUGAGACUUUAGCAUGUCGUAGGAUUGCGUGUCGAGACUUGGAGCGUCGUGGGAGUAGCAGCGGAACAAUCCGCGGUAGUGUUGGCUGUCCAAACAAGGUUUUCUGGCUUCUGCUUGAGCUGUUUGGAGUACGUUACCCUGGUGUUGGCUAUUCUAUGUAUCCAAACAAGGUUUUCCGGCUCUUGCUUGAGCUGUUUGUUGUGGUUGUAAUUAGCUGGAAGGAUUUAGCGAAAGUUGGUCUGUCGGAGGUGCAGUGAGAUGGGGGCAAGGUCUAAGGCAUGGCCGUUGUCGGUCGAUGGUGAAGCAUCCUCCCUCGCGCGUGCGCCGGAAAAAUAGCAGGAAGAACAGCAAUACCCUUACGGAUUGGUUUGUCUCUUGCGUUGUUGUUUUUUUUGUGGGAGAGAAUGGUCGUUUUCAGCGGGAGAGAAAGAAGAGGAGAAAGGCCAACACUCUUGUCUGUGCUCUCGUUACCUCCCGUAGGCAGAAGUGGUUCCAGCACAAGGUCUCCACUGGAAACACACCUCAAUUGACCGGAGCAAAGAGCGACGAAUUAUGACAUGUGUGGGGCGCAUGGUCAUGGAAUACCGAGUUGAUUUUCGGUGCCAAGGUUGUAAGGAGUAGUCUAUAUUGUAUUGUACAUUUGGCGGCAUGCCUUUGCCCACCGGGUUUUUUCUUUUUUUGUUGUUUCGCAAUAAGCAGCGCGCGCUUCUCUUGUAGUAAAUAGUAUCGCGCUUGCUAGUUUCGAGUCUAGCAAGCCGACGUCUUGUCUGUUCUCUUCCGUGCUGAUGUCGGUUGUGUCCUUGUGUGCCGUGCAGUUACAGUACAGUAGCUUCGGAAUUGCGCCGGUCCAUUUGGUUUUCUUGUUGAUGAUUCGGGAGCUUGUUAUGAGGUGCGUUUGUUACCGUCCAUCUAUACUGCAGCACGUUUGUCUUGGUCGUGUCUCUCACAAAUCUUACCACAUGUACGACGUUAGCACACACUACACGGCAGUAUUUAUGUUCUUACGGUGGGAAGGUCGACGUGCCAUUGCCACUCAGUGCAUACAGCAGCGUGAAGUACAGUACCACCCCACCGGUUGGUCGGAGGUAUAUGCGUGUUUUUGUUGUCAACGAUAAAAAAUGGGAUCCUGCAGCAGAUUCACCUCUUUUGUCGCGUCUUUUCCGCGAUCCCUUCGUUCGUUGUUUUGGGCCUCGUCUUGUACCUGUUUGUGCAUGUCAUGCGCAGGGUACACGUGUGCGGAUUGCCGGGGGGGUGCCUGUAGCAAUGUAGCACUUAACGGAUAUAGACGAUUGCGCUCGUUUCCACGUUUUGUUCUUUUUUUCUAUUUUUGACGUGUCAUAUAUUUUAAUAUUUUUAGUCUUGCACAUACCUAGAUGGUAGUAGAGUCCAUUUUUGUUGCGUUGUUGCGUUUUGAGAAUAAAAGCGUAUCGAUCUUGUUCCGUCCUGUCCAUGACGGAUGAUGAUAAAUGAUGGUGGUCUUUUUGUUGUUGAGUUUUUAAGAGAACUGAGUUGUUAGUUGUUAGUGAGGCGUCGUGCUUGGCUUCG